UCCUGUUUAUGCUCGGUUAUGAAAUGGCGGAUAGCGUAUUAUUGUUAAACUUUAUUGUGAAUAGUGUUAUUUUGUUGCAGAAAUCCUGCUAAAAUAGUCCCGAUGUUCUACGGUCCGAAUGAAACUAUCCACUAUACCAUAUACCGCUUCACCAGCUCCCAUUUAAUAUGGGGUGAAUUGGUUUUUUGUCCCAAAAUCAUUGUGUGAUUGAUAUCACAACAAAACAAAUUGCAGAAGGGUCGGAUGGGAUUUGAACCCUUUGGGUGGCAACGUAAUGGAAAUAGACGUUACUCCUGAUGAAAAUCCCGAUACAAAUCCUUUUACAUUAUGUCAUGUUGAAGAAGAAAAAAAUCCAAAUGCUAUUGUUGAUUCUGUAGUUGGUACUUCAAAUGUUUCCAAUUCAUGUUCCUUAGAUGAACUAGACCCCCUUGCUACUAUCGGCGGCAAGAAAACGAUAAAACAUGCACUACGACAACAAGCAAGGCGUAAAAGAAAAGACAUAGUGGAACCAUCAACUUCUGUACCAAGAAUUAUUGUUAAGCCCCUGCCUCCUGAAACUCCAGAGGAGGCGACUCGUGAACAGAACCUAGUGCCUCAAGUGUCAACCAAAACCCCAACAAUGAAAGAAGUUUUAGCAUCCAUUCCUGGUUUUAACAUAAAACCAAGGAAAAGAUCAAAUAAAAAAUUAUCAACGGCAGCACAGCUGGAGCAAACGAAAGCAGGUUGUAUAGACUUAGAGACACCAGAUUCUAUUUUAGUUAAUACUAAUUUAAGGCUUUUAUUAAAUAAGGCUACAUUUGCUUCUUUGCCAAUUUUGUACCAAAAUAAGUUAGCCCAGUUGUUACCUCUCGUUGACAGGCAGUUGGUAAAUAAUUCAUCAGAUCCACAUUGUAUAGAAAUUAGUUCUGGAUUAAAUAAUGAAUUUUUUGCAAGGGCCUGUUUGGAGUGGCAAGAUAGGUUAGCCGAAGGUGAGUUUACACCAGAAAAUCAGCAAAAGCUCAAAUUAGAUGCUGAUAAAGAAAGAAGUAAGUUGGACCCAUGGAAAUUAAAACAUUUCGAGCCUAUAUGGGGCGACAGAAGCUUUUCAUCUGAAGGGGGAAGUUGCAGUACUGAUUCUAGUAUGGGUUCGACUUCUCGACCUCCCAUAAAAACUACAAUAAAGUUACGCCAUUCGACUACUUCAGCAACAACAAAAAGCAAAGCCCCUCCCCCACCCCCAGUGAAGAGAAUACGAACUGUAGGUGCAAUGACCAGGUCCUGUACAACUUUGAAGGAAGAAACAAAUAAACCUAGUGAAAAUAAAUCCCCUAUCCCAGAUUUACUCCCUAUUAGGCAAGUUAAAAAUAAACUUGAUUAUAUUAAAGUACAAACAGAUGAUAUUCAUCAUAAGGCUGAGGAGAUAUUUAUUCCUGAACCCAUAAAGGAGGAUAGAGAAGAGACAAAAGGGCCAAUCCCUGGUGAUAUUUCAACUGUAGAAAUUCAUGAUAGUUGUAUAGUUAAUAUAAGUGAUGCAAUUUUAGACACUAAUCAAGAGACAAUCAUUAUUUGUAGAGAGGAAUCAGAAAAACGACCCAGAUCUUCAAGUUCAGAUAGAUAUGAAAAUUCUCCUAAGAGAAGUAAAUCGAUGAGCCCACUGGAAUUAUCCCCUGAACCUUUAGACAACUUCCAUAAUUCCGACUUAAAAGACCCUCUGGAUCUCACAUCUGAGGUUGCCAGUGAUGAUGAGAAGAUCAGUGAAAACACCUCUGAGAGUGUAGAUCAAGCAGAUGAUUUGUUUGAAAAGAAUAGACUAAUUGAUGAAAAUAGCAGUAGUUCAUGUAGUAUGGCAGCUCAUAAUUUAGAAGAGAUAUCCAGUACUGAGGCUAUUGAAACUGUUGAUUCUUUACAGCUGCAUAUAAAUUACACUGAAGAGGAUAUUGAAGAACUGGGGCAUGUUGAUGAGGCAUCAUCUACUGCAUCAACAACCAGCACAAACACCAAUACAGAUGAAAAAUCUGAACAAGGAUCAGAAAUGACUCAAGAACAAGAUGAGACAAUGACUUCAAUUCCUGAUAUAUCUGAGAAUAUACCUUGUGAGCCAGAAACUAGUUGUUCUCAAGAUCAGGAAACCAAUGUUCUAUUCAAUAAUGAAGAAAACCAACCAGCUUUUUAUGAAUGUCCCAAAGAAAAUGAAGAACCUGCCCCUGAGACUGGCAUGGAAAUUGUAGAGCCCCAAGAAGAAGCUGAUGAAAAUCACCUUAAUUCUAAAACAAUUAAUAAUGUUGUGUUGAGUCAUAUGCAUAACAAUGAAUUUCAAGCAAUUAUUUCGCAGUCUGUUGAGACACAGUCAGCAGAGGCUAAUAUAGUUACAUCAGAACCAUUUAUAAUUGAAGCAGUGAGAGACAAUACAAAUGAGCAUGUCUUAGAAGAUUCUCUUCCCCUACCAUAUGAACAUUCACAUGAAUCUUCUUCAGAAUCUAAUCAGAAGAUUGAACAAGGAAUAGUGGAGACUUUUCAGAUGCUACCAAAUACAUUGAUCAUCCAGGAAGAGUCCUCAGGAGUCCUUGAUAAGCCAGAGGAGUAUUCAGUGGAUAGUAUUGCGGCAGUCGACGCUGAGAAGCUGGAAGCUAGUGUUGAAGAAGCUGAUUUAGUGUCUUUUGAUGAUGCUAAAAUUAUUCAGGAUGAUGAUGAUGGGGAGGAUAGAUUUAUUGAUGCAGAAAAUUAUGUUUUAGAAUCAGGGCAGAUUACUGUAUCAACAACUGACAAGCAUGUAGACAAACCUGAGCAUGAUCAUAUUCAGAAUACUAUUCAGACCAGUUUGUUUGGAAGUGGAGUAGCAACAGUCGCCGAGGAAUGCUGCUGGGGUUUAGUAGAUUCCAGUACCGAAAAUUUGCUGCAAGUAUCCGCGUUACACGGGAUUGAGACUGCGGUCAGCGGUGUUUCGGGUGUCAAGGGGGAUAUUAGUGCUACCGAAAAUGUACAGGUUAUACCGAUGAAAGAAGAACUAGAAGUUAGACUAGAACAGGGCUCCUUUCCCGUUCACAACGAUUGGCCUUACGAUGUAAAAAUGGACCCCGAAAGAGGCGUAGGCGUGACCCUCGGACAGGCACAACAGAACGACGAACCAUCCGGCGAUACCAAAGAAUCCAUCAACUACCAAACACCAGAUUACAACCAAGGCGGCAAGCAAGUCAAACUCGAACUGGAAGUUACCUUAACCCCCGAAAUCAUUAAUUCGGACACGCUGAUAACCAGCACGGUAACUUCGAACAACGAUAACGGAUCGCCAUCUGGUGGUGGCGCCACGAAACCGGUAGCCAACGUGAUUCCACCUACGACGAUCGUAUGUUUACCGUCAGCGGUAAACGCGCCCUCCAUGCAAGUACCGACGGUCAACGAAGCGGUUCAGUGUGGCGCCGCGGUCGUACCCCGACCGGGUUUGGUACAGAGCUCGAGCUCUCUGCCGUAUCUCGCGCUGAGCACCAGUCAGCCGAUCAGAGCAGUUCCUACACACAGCAAGAGCAAACCAAAGAAUAAUAAUAAUAAUAUAGGUAAAGGUAAUCGCAGCAGAACGAAUAACAACAAACCGCCUCCCGGUGCCGUUAAUCUCGAGAGGAGCUACCAAAUCUGUCAAGCUGUAAUACAGAACAGUCCUAACCGAGACCAGCUGAAAUGUCAACUGAAACCGCCGCCGAGUUUAUUGGCGGCGGCGGCCGUCAAUAACACGAAGAAAGUGGAUAAUAGACAGACGCAGUACAGCUCGGUGACGUCUUCAAGGGGAAAUAAGACGUUUACGCCACCGUUGCCGGCUACCGGAAAUUUCCAGCCAGCAUCAAGUAGGUUUAACAACGGCAUGAAAACCCUCGGACCAAAAGUACGACCCAACAUGCCCUUCCAGCAACGUCAGGCCAGUCCCCCAGUGGUCGUUCGACACGUGUUCACCACUUCCGGUCAAGGAAUCCCCGUGACGAUGGCCGUUCUACCGCAAGGAUCCGCCCUUAGUCCCGAAAUUGUCGAGGGACAAAACUCACAGGUUGGUACAGUAAGUCAGUACAUUGUGGUCCAAAGGACGGGCAUGGUGGAUCAACAUAACGUACCGAGAUCGUCGUCGGCCCCGCCUGCGCAACAGCCCGCUUUGGGGAACACCAUUAGUACCGUUGGAAUGUCUCAGAUGAUUCCUGGAAGAGGAAGAGGUCGUCCAGCGAGUGUCGAAUCGGACCAUCCCGGUCUCCAUCAGGCCGCCCAACCGAACGAUUUCGUCGUCCAAUGCCCGAAUCCCGGCACCCAAGCGGUCACGAGACGACCGAGGCUCCCCCCGGGGGUCGUUUACGGCGACGUCAGCAUAGAGAAUCAGAUCAACAAUUACACCAUUAUCGGGGAGAACGUGAUCGCAGAUCAUCCCGCGACGGUGAUGCAACAACAGAAACACGACACGUGCGCGUGUAGCCUUAAAGCGAUGGUCGUGUGCAAGAAAUGCGGCGCUUUUUGCCACGACGAUUGUAUAGGACCGAAUAAGUUGUGUCGGACUUGCUUUAUAAGAUAGGUUAUGAUUUAAUGGGGGAGGGGGGGUUUAAGAAGGUUUCGCGCUUGGUAUGAUGUCAUGUGUUAAAUGUAUAUAGUCAUUGGAUGUUUCUGUAAGGUGAGGUUAAUGAUUAAAGGCAGAUAUGGAUUAUACAGGUUGGUUCUCCAGAAACUGCAUCAAAGGAUUAUAGAAAAAUUUGACAAUGGAGUCAUUGGUGGAAAGAAGAAAAAUGGUUUGAUAGUUUUGGCAUUUCCGGUUGUGCCGGAAGUAGUUGUCAAUUUUAUUUAUUGAAAUGACACUAUAUUUUUUACACUUUUAGACUCAUUAACUAUUUAUUAUUGGGAUUGAUUUGUUAUAUAUAAGAGUGGAAUAUUACGACUGGUUAUUUACCUAGGGAAGAAAAGAAUCCUUAAAAUGGCACUUUCGAUCCGUUGCGCAAAUAAAAAUGUCAUUUUUGUUCCAGGCAGAGAAAUAUAUACUAGCCAUACGAGGACAUAAAUCUUGGGGAUCUUGAGCAUUCGUUCUUUGCCUCCCUAGGUUGGAAAUCUUUUUUUUAAUUAAUAGAAACCUAUUUUGACCAAACGGUCAUAACUGCCUUUAAUCAAAAAACUACUAGAUGAGUACAGAUGAAGGGGUUUGCACAACUAUAUAAAAUACGACGACGGUAGUUAGAGAGGUGUAGUAUCACUUAAAUAUAUUAUGCUAAAUAAAUAAUUCAUAAAAAAUUUCAUUAACUUUUCUAAAUACUCAAUAUUUUAGUUAUUAUCAAUUUAAUAUAAUGAUAAUAACUAGUUAUAUGAUAAUAACGGUUUUAAAUAUAUUCUUUGUAAAAAUAUUUUCUUCGAUCAUUUUGCCUUUUUCACAGAAAAGUAUGAAAGAAAUUGAAUAGACCACUCCAGAAUUACGUCAUUUGACAAUUUGUUAGAGUGCACACAAGUAAAACUGCAUAAGUGGUAUUAAUGUUAGUUCAAGUUCGGGAAAACUUUCAACUAAAAUUUGAUAAUGCUCUAUACGUUUCCAAACUCUGAUACCUGAUUGUCUCAUUUUUACUGCAUGUUCAAUAGUUUGUUGCAACUUUUGUUUUCAAAAGAUUCACACAUAAAUUCCAUCACUACAACUUCAACUCCUUAUUUUUUCCAUGGGCGGAAUAUAUUGUGACAUACCUUUUGAAAUGGCUACAUUUCCUUUAAAACGACUUUUCGUUUUUUAAAUUUGAACUACAGGUUGCCGAGAAAAUAAAUGUAAUUUAUUUGUACUUAAACGUUUUUUGUUAUUGAUUGUUGAGAAUCUUCUUGAAGGUGUAGUAACUACAACUGCUGUACUAGCAAUAGUAAAGCAACUGCUUAAAGCUUAUUCCUGGACAUUGUGAAUCGGGUGUAAAUUUAUGUCAUUCAUUAAAUCCUUUCCGUAAAUCUUUUAAGUAUUCAGGCUAGAGUGGCUUAUUUUCGAUUUCAUAAACUUGAUUUCGACAAAUCGGGUGAUAUUGCGGGCCAUUCGAUAGCACCCUUCCCUUAUUUUAUUUUCAGUUAUAAUGUUAUGUAGUGUUUUGGGAAUAUUUUUAUGGUCUCUGACAAAUAUCCAUGACAAAAAUUGCAGAAAAUUAAUUUUAAAAUGUGACAGACAUUCUGGAAUGGUCAAUUCGCCAAAUGCAAAUAAGAUAUUCACCUGUCAAGAUCGGUUACCAAAAGAGUAGCUUAUCAGUAUUUUUGACUGCAUUCGUUCCGAGUAUAUUUAAUUCUUAGUCAUCAAAGUUUUGACCCAGUGAUUAGCUUAGCGGUAGAUUUGUUAUAACAUUAUACGAUAUAGUCUAUUUUUAAUAUAGACUUUAGUGACGGCUGUAUAUUUUGUAUUUAUGUAUAGUGGAAAAUGACGAAAACAAAUUAGAUCUUAAUGGUUUUUAGCGCGAGAUCGUUAACAUCUGAUUUUUUUUUAUAAACAUUUUCUUUGUGCCACAGUUUGACAUUAUUUUUAUUAUAAAUUAAAGCGUUUGCUUAUUCAUUCUACGCCUCUCCCAAGUGUUUACUUCGAAAAUUUAUAUAAGGAUAUUCGUGUUAUGCGUUAGUCCAGCCUCCAGCCUGUACAUACUCCUUUAUUGCAUAUUUUUUUAUUUUCACACACACAUACUGUCCCGAAAUAUUGAGAUUUCAUCUCCGUUUUUGUAUCACUUCGUAUCUUAAUAGACUGAUAUUAGAGUUAAUAAUGUAUUUAAUACAAAUAAUAGUAAUAAUCUCAGUAUAAUUUUAGUCAAAAAUAUAAACAGAUUUUAAGCUUAAACCAGUGUUACAAAAAAAUAAUAUAGCGCCUAGAUUGUAAAUACGAUUGAUUAGGAAGAUAGCAGUCUUAGUGAUGUUGUUAAAAUGCCCACUUUGAAUCUGUGGUAUAUUUGUAGGUUAGGAGAUAAGCGACAGGUUGUUUUAAUAUGCUAGCUGAGACUUUUCCAUAUUAAUUUUAAAUAAUGGUGCAAAUUUUAUAUAGAAAGGGACUGGAACAUUUCGCUACCUAUAGCACAAAACACACUUAUUGGAAAAUGUUAUUUUUCACUCGUUAGGGCACAAAUUGCAGUCACUUUUUCAUAAGUUACAAAAAAGCUUAUUAAAAAAACAGUCCUUAGAUAUGGGAUGACUGAAUUCUAACUUUUUUUUAUCUUCAGGGUGUAAAUUAAUUGACUAGUCAUUCUGUAUAUUUCAAAACUAAGUGUCUAUUAAUAAUAAGUGGGAAAGUUUUAUCAGUCUUCCAAAAAAUUGUUUCACGAAUAUUUAGAAAUCGGAUCCGUUACAAAUUAUUUCUUAUAUCAUAUUCUACCUCACAGUGAAGCUGAUAAUUCGAUUAAUAGAUACGUUAUUUAAUGUUGUUCCCUCAUUUAAUUAAAUGUCCAUAUUUUCAAUAAAUAUACGAAACUAUUAUAUAAAAAUCUCUGGCCUUUAUAAGUGAUAUCUUUUUCACUAUUUUAUCAAAUUAUAGUGCAAUACAUCAUCUGCCCUCAUUCAUUUUAACUUUAUACAAUUUUUUUUUGAUCCAUGAUUUUAUUGUUCUAGGUUAAGGUGUGUAUUAUAAUUAAUUUUUCAUAAAUCUCAGUAGCUUUUAAGGUUCCGUGUACAGUUUUUUUUUACAGAUUAGGUUAUUUAAUUUUUUUUUGUUAUAUGAAUGUAUAUAACAGCGAUAUUCUGCAUUUAUUUAAGAAAUACAUUAUAAAUGUAUA